ACGAGCCGCGGCGAGGAAACGGAGGAAACCGAGAGGAGCAGCCGCAGGAUGUGUCUGUGUUAGCGGUGAAUGGUUCUGCCGGUACAUCGAAUUGAAAAAGACUCCGGCGGGAUCUCGUCUCAGCCUGUGCUUCGUUUUCACUCUCCACAAAAGCCCUCGAGAUGUCUGGCGGAGGAGACGUGCGCGUUCUCCGCCAAGAAGCCGGACAAGAGAGCCCCAGGAUGCCGGCCUGGAAGCGAGAGAUACUGGAGAGACGGAAGGCAAAGGGCGGUGGGUCUGGGGCGGCUGCGGAGGGCACGAAUGGGACUGGUCCUCUGCGGCUCAACUCUGAGCAGCCGGCGAAUGUGAACGGCGCCGGCCGGAACUAUACCAUCACCACGGCCAAUCAACAUUUCGCCCACAACAAAGAGACGCGACCAGCGGCUACCGAGAGGUCCGCACCGAGGGAGAGUGAUGGACCCGAGAGUCUGGUGCUCCAAGAGAGCCUGGGCCCGCUGGAGGAGAACCCCUUCAUCAAACUGGAGAAGGAGCGCAGGAAGCGGCAGGAUCAGGAGAACGCCGCGCGCCCGGUCCAGCACAUCCUGGAGCUGUAUGGUAGCGUGCCUGGUAUCCGGACUAUCAGAGCCGAGAACAUCAUUAUCAUCGAGUCGGACCCGGAUUAUUUUCCUGAAGGCAGUGGAGUUAAAAGUGGACAUAACUGGCAGCAAAAUGGUGUCAGUAGUUAUAGCUCUCUGAAUGACCUCCUGGACCGGAGAGGGAGUGCUGUGACUGAGAUAAGAGCCAAGGAAGUGGUGAUUUAUGACACCACGUUAAGCAAGAGUGAGGAGAACCUCAGUACUCUGGGCCUCCCUGGCAACGAAGGCUCCGUUUUUGAGACUGGUGGUGCUCAGGGAAGGGUCAGUCGGAUGCUUCAGAAGUUUGACAGUAACUAUGGGAAGCUGCAGAAGAAGUCCCGUAGCACAGAGAACCUUCUUGACCUAGAUUGCAGUGCCAGCAGCAGGCCGAGACUCUGGCCAAAGCCACAUCAAGACCUGGUGCCAAAGCAAAGGCUGGUUGGCAAUCGGGUGCCAUCAUCGCCUGUAUUUAAGAGAAGCCCGUCCUCGGAACCAAAGCCAAAGUCUGCUCUUCCUGAUACCAGUAGCUCAAGUGUAGCUGUUGCUCCCAGAGAUGAGUCCGACAGCGGGAAAACAAAGCCCAUCUCACACACAGAUUCGGAGGGCACGCGUGUGACCCUCAGUCCACAGGUGCCAUGCUCUCCAGAAAGCCGUCGUUCCCACGCCGAGCCCACUCCCAACCUGUCUAAAAUGUCCCACAGCUCCCCUGCCUUUGAGUUCCGCCCGUCGCCUAAACCGGACUUUGCCCAAAUUCCUGACGGAGAUGUUCAAGCAAAAGCUUUGGCAAAUCUGCGUCUUCAGUCACGCAAUUCUUUCACAGUGAUACCCAAACGGCGCCUCUCAUCAUCAGCUGGUGUCCCCGCUCCACCCAGUCCCAUCAAGUCUUCGCCCGCUCCUAGAGGGCCGGAGCGGCCCACACCAGGCAUGCCGACCAUUAGCCCCGCAACACCAGGUGUUGCACUUCCACAGCAGGAGCGUAUACAACAGGACAAGAAAGAGCUUGUUAGGGCGAUAACACCACCAAAGUCUGGUCCAAUUGUAGCUCCUCACAUCUCUGCUCCCGACCCCACUCCCUCUCCCCCACCGGCCGUAACGUCGCCCCCUUCGUCACCAGCUCGUCUGAGAUCACCCCUCUCACCCCCACCUGCCACACGCCCUUCCCCAAUCGAAUCUCCUGCCUCAUCUCCUAUCCCCUCCACACCCCCACCCACAGACCACCUGCCUAUAACAAACAUCGACGACAUCGAAGUGGAGUCCCCAAAACGCGUCCCUGUUCCAAGCCCUUUAGUCCAGAGAAGAAAGGGUAACACCUUCACCGUGGUGCCUAAAAGGAGGGGGGAGUCAGAAGCUCUGCCAAGUUCGCCUGAGCCCCAGCAGGAAGUGUCCAGUGAGACUCCUUCAGGCACUCCGACCCAACAGCCUCCAUACACUCAGCUGGGCACCCUGCUGAAGAAACGCUACCCUGCUGUGGAGGAGAUCGAGGUCGUCGGUGGCUACCUGUCCCUGGCAAAAUCCUGCCUCUCAAAAACGGGCUCCACAGGCAAGAAGCUCAAUAUCUCCUUCAAUGAGGUGAGCCUGCACAGUACCUACGAGUACCCCUCCGAGAACAGCACCUGGGACAGUGGCGAAGAGGACGAAGACACCAAACCAGAUGGGAAGGUGCCAGACGAACUGCCCAGCAUGGUGGGACGCAUACACAUUCCCAGACCCACUUUCACCAGCUCCCCCAACAGCAACGGCAAUGAUCUGUCCAACUAUGUUCCCAAACACUCUGUGGACUUCAGUGCUUGGCAGGACUACAAACACGAAGACAGUGUUUACCAGGAAGCCACCGCUGCCCCGGAACCCCCAGUUACUGAGGAAGUCAUGCUGACGCCAGCCGACAGCUCAUCUCUGUCCGACUACAGCAGCGAGCCUGCUCUCUACUUCUGAUGUCUCCCCCUCAGCGUCCAGACACACCACUCGAUAUGAGCACACGAACACACGGAGAACACUGCCACUUUCUGAACAAGCUGCUUUGUUAUCAUGGUACCGCUCCAAUUCUCCCAACCACUCGAUAAGCAGCUGGACUGUUUUACUCUUCUGAGCAGUUGAUCUGUCCGCCUGUCCAUUACCUGCUCUUCCGCUGAAUCUAGACCAGUGUUUACUUCGCAGAGCAAGAAAACGCCAAUCAGUGGGUGAUGCUACAGUGAGUCCAGUGUUACUUUGAAGACAGAAACAGGACAAGGAAACACACAAGGGUGCCACAAUUGUACUGUUUUGUAUCUGCAUGUAUGAAAAGAACUGAAUGCCUUUUUGUGUUGUUUUUUUAAUUGUACGGUUAAUAUCAUUACAUGGCAACAAAUGGAGAGAGGGGGAGGGUGGAUUUGAUCCUGUGGAAGAUGAAGACGUAGCAACUCUGAUCAAACGCUUGAAAAAAAAAAGUGGCCUUGGCCAAAAAUGUCUGUAUCUCAUUGGAGAAUGUUUCAUCUUUCAUCUUCGGAUUAUGAACUGGUAGCAGAAGCUCACACCUGACACGCAUCUUCAGAUGUGUGUCACUGAGGUUUACAAACUGUGUUCUGACUAUUGACUUUGACAUUCCAUUGAAGAAACCGGUCCACUGAACAUUUCUACUUCUGCAUGUGUGAGCGCGAAUGUAUGUACGACUUUUUUAAUUCAGAUUUUUAUAAACAGGAGUAGGUCGAUCACCAGAUUUGCCAAGCUGAUACUCGUUCUGCCAGUAUUGUUGUACAGUCUCCACCUUGUGAAUCGACAAAGACUCCAUGUCCGCUACAGAAGGACCCGUGUCUGCUCUGGAUAUUCGUUUGCACUACCAUGCGUUUAGAUUUAUUUUGCACACUUAUUUUGGCGAUUUUGCCUGACUGAAACGUGCACUUAAAACAGCAGGAUAGGUUUCAUUUUCAACCACUUCCACCUGUUGUUUCUACCAUUUUAAAAUGCUACUAGAAUGAAGACCCAUGAUUUCAGCCCUGUGAUUGUGCGGGUGCUGGUGAGUUGUCAUGCGGGUCCAGAAACUGCUGAGCUGCCGAUACUACAUAACCUUUCAAGUACAAAUAUUUAUCAUGUAAAAUUUACUUUUUUAAUUUACAGAAUAUUCUCUAAUGAUCCAUACAGUCAUAUUUACAAGAUGAGAUAAAUAUGCAACUAAAUACAACAGUUGAGAGGUUCAUAUAACAACAAACUUAAGAUCCCAGCUCACAUUUAUUAAGUUAUUAACUAGCAAGCUCUUUUAAAACCACGCGUGUAACGGUGAACAUGAACUAAUCCAUACUUUCAAUUCAUAACAAAACUGGAGUCAAACUUGACACGUGGCCAACCUCCAGACUUUCCAGAUCAUAUGCCUUCGUGUUCUUACUUUUGCUCAACAGCAAGCUUAGAGACCAGGGGGAGCGAAAGCCAGAAACACGUCACCAUUGCCAUAAGCAGAAGUCACGUGACCUCUAAAACAUCUACGUGUUGCUGUGAAGCCACUAUUCAUGUAUCCCUCCGUUGCAAAGUGAGCAGUGUGUCUGUCAUUCUGGUGAAAGCAGAUGUGCUUACUGUAAACUUGUCGUCAGUGAUUCGGGCAAAAUUGACUUUGAAAUUAUGUCACACAUGUACAGAUCAACCAACAAUAAACAGAAUGAAUAAAAUAA